AUUAUUCUUUGUCUACUUCGCACGGAAAAGAGAAGACAAGGAGAGAGAUCCAGAAGAAGAAGAAGAAGAAGAAGAAGAGAAGAUGGCUUUGCAAUGGCUGAUUUUGUCGUACGUGGUGGCCGCCGAAGUUGUGAUCGCGGUGUUGCUGACUUUACCGUACCCUAUGCUAGUGAAGAAACGCGUCGUGUCACUUGUCUCUCUCAUUCUCCAACCUGCUGCUUCCAUCGUCGCCUUCGCCGCCUUUCAGCUCUGCGAUAUAUACUGGAAGAAUGAACAUAGACUCUCUUGCUCAUCUGAGGUCUGCACUGCUACAGAGCGUGACCGUUACGAGAAAUCUAUCUACAAGGCUCAGAGGAAUGCUGUUCUGUGCGCUGCAGGAAUUCUUCUCUACUGGUGCAUCUACCGUAUCUGCAAGUACAACAAGGACCUGGAGCUUUUGGAAGAAGCUGUGAAGAGAGAGACACACAAGGACGAGUAAUCUACUUGAGUAUAGAGAGACUUGGUUCCUCAAAACCAUAUAAGUAAAGUCUUUUAUUGUUUUCUUACAUCUAAUACCACUAAACCUGAAGAAAACAGUGACUAUCAACAACAGCUUGUAAACAAAUAUAUAUCAUCAGUGUUCAAUGCUUA